AUCCGGCGAACGACACGAGAGGGAGUCCGAGUUCCUCGCGGAGUUCCUCGCGGCUGCAGUGCGUUCCCAAACAGCCACGAGAGAGCCUCGAACGUGUCCGCACGCACGCACGCACGCGACCAUCAGCUCCGGCUCCGAAGGGGGCCGCCUCGUGGCCCUUCGAUUCCCGAGAAAAAAAGUGACGGCCGCGCGAGAACGCCAGAGAACUCAUCGCGCAGCCCUCGUCGCGAGAACGUCCGAGGACCGCGACGACGACCGUGACGACGACGACGACGACGACGACGACAACCAGCACGAGCACCGAGAAACCUCGUCGCCGCUUCUCGCGAUCCCUCGAUCCUCCGGGACGGAACGCUCUCUCGUGCAUCCGUGUUUCCCGCGCGUGUGCCGCGAAGGAUCGUGCUAGGUGGACCUCGUGACACAGGACACGUUGCUUGCGGAGGAUCGGCGACGCGGAGCCCGAGCCCUAGGACGAGCCCGAGCCCGAUGGCCCGAGAGUGACCCGGCGGUGGCUAGCGAACUGAGAUGCGUCGAUGGAAGCGGUGUCGGGGAUCGCAGGCUCGACGGCGCAGCUAGCAGCGUGACCGAGACUCGACGAGCAGCUCGGAGGACCAUCGGAAGAUCGGCGAAAGUGGUGGUUAGGUCGCCGGCGGGGAAUCGAUGACCGUCGAGGAUCGCUGAUCAGCUGACUGGUGCUAAGUGGUGCGCGAGGACUCCGAGCGCGUUCAAGCUGGUGCGUCCUGUUGAUCCCGAGGACGUGGCUCAGGGGCGUGUGUCCGCCCUGUGACUACCGUGUAAAUAGCUGUACAUAGCCCGAGGAGAUAUCCCCCUUUUCACUCCCAACAAGAGCCCAUCCUACGGUCGUCCGCGUAUCCGGGAAUCCGGGAAGUUCGCCGGAACGGGGUAUCCGAAGCCGCGGGAGACGUAGGCGUUUAAGAGACGGUCGGCGUGUAUAAAGAGACGUUGUACAGAUCCAGAAUCCAUAAUUAGUCGAGUUCGCUUAUCGUCGCGAGUGUCUUCUUCGUGCGCGGCGUCCGGGGGACAGCCGAGGGGGGAAGGGAACGAGCACGGCGGCGUGUACCGAGAACACAAUUCGCGAAGAAGCAAGUCGGAGCAGUACGGGUAUCCAGCGCUUUAGCCUUUUUAGCAGCGGCGGCGCGAUAAUUAAGUAGCUCCGCGGCCAAGCGUUACGAGCGUUCGCGACGUUGUGCCGCGCGUAGAAAUCACACAUACUCAACACACAUACACACACACGUACAUACUUACACGCAGGUACACGCGUAUACUGAAAAUCGUACACUAACGUUAGGGGCGAGGAGGGGCGAAAGUUCGGCGGAAACUUGGACAGGGGAGGGACACGCGUGCGACGCGCUUCCGUCGCGAUUCCGUCGCGGGAAACGAUAUCCGAUAAGUCUCGUCGACCGCGUCCGAUCGCGACUCCUCGCGCGAGCCGGCGGUUUAAUCUAAGCGGGAGGGUAGAAAAAAGGGGGACCAAUUUUUCACUGCGAUUCGCAAUCUCUCUGUCUCUUCCUUCUCCUCCGUCUUUCUCGGCCGGCAGCGUUUCUCUCUUUCUCCGCCUUCUUCUAUCUUUUAUCUUCUUAAUCCAGCCGGCCGGCGUGGUGCGGCCCCGCUCUCGGCUCAGCUCGGCCCGGCUCAGCUCGGCUCGGCCCGGCCCGGCUCGUCGCGGCGUGCCGGACUCACCAUAAAUCACGCCGUUCUUUCUGUAUUAACUCCGUCACCGUGAGCCAACCGGCGAAUAUACGAGCAAGAUCCGCGACUCACGCAAGCAAUAAAUCAACGGACCAGCGGGCUCGGCUGGCCGAGGAACGAGAUCCCGCUGUCGGAGUCCUCAGAAAUCGAGCGAGCUGGUUCGAGCACGGUAUAUCUCGGCCGAGGUGGUGCGAGCAAGCUAGCCGGCAGGUCGUGUAACAGGUAGACGCGCCUCUUUCCAUCUACCUCCGUCGUCGAUCGGAAAGGAGAAUCUUGUCGAUCGAGGCAAAGUCGCGAAGAAAGAGAAAGCGAAAGAGAGAGAGAGAGAGAGAGAGAGAGAGGGAGAGGAAAACGAGAAAGAGAGACAGAGCGAGAAAGUGAAAGAGAAAGAGUAAGCAAGGGAGCAAAGGAGCACUCUGUUCGGCGGAGGAUGCGAUCAUCCUGAAACGGGCAUGACGCCCCUGGCCUCGAGAUGCGACGAGACCACCACCAUCCUGCUGCUGUUGCUACUCGAGCUGGCGCCCGGUGCACGGUGUUACUCGCGCGCGGCCACCACGUCCGCCUCGACUUCGUCGAGAUAGCAUCAACAGUGGACGGCGAGGGUGCGAGUGAUGCCUCAGCUCGGCAGCAUUAUGACCAUCGACGCCGGUAGUCCGACAACGGCAGCAGCGUCCAGCAACGAGCUCGAGGAGAACAUGACGUGGUCUCGACCGGCCGGCGGCUCGACGUCUUCCUUGAACGAGGCCCACACCGUCGGUGGCGAGACCCACGGCAAGCAUCAUCGGCAAGACGACGACGACGACCGGCACCUGCUGACGACCAGCCGGCUGCUCCGUUUAGCUACCGCGAGCAUCGGCGAGCCCGGGACCACGAUUCCCGGCGGCGACCAAGGACCAAGCGAAUCCGCCACCACCGGCAAAGGGAACAACACCGAGGAAACCGUCUCGCUGGGCCAGGACACCGCCGAUAGGAUCGGCUGUGCCUGCACCAGGCUCGGCUUCGGGAGAAGGACCGGCGACGCCGAUCCGGACGACUCGUCCUCUUCGUCUUCAUCCUCCUCCUCCUCCUCUUCCUCUUCUUCCGGGCUGCCGCCGUUCCUGGGCGAGCCGGUUUCGAACGAGACCACCGACCAGCUGGACACGGACGGCAGCGGUGAGGGGAGCACCAUCGGCCUGGACGCCGCCACCGGUGCGAUCGGUGUCAGUAGCACCACCGACAAGGAAGACGCGCAAGGACUCCGCGAGCUCGAACUGCUGUUCGGCCUGGGCGGCAUCAUGGAGGACUUCGGGGGCCCGUUCAACUACUCGUUCAACCAGAGCCUGCCGUUCCCGUGGAACAACAGCCACUACAACGAGACCUACAUCGUGUUCGGCGAGAGCAUGUACCCAUCCGGCUACACCCUGCCGCACAUCGUUCUGGCGUCCGUCCUCGCCACGCUGCUCAUGAUCGUGAUCGUCGUAGGCAAUAUGUUGGUGAUCAUCGCGAUCGCCACCGAGAAGGCGCUCAAAAACAUUCAGAACUGGUUCAUCGCCAGCCUGGCGGUCGCUGACUUCUUUCUCGGGCUGGUGAUCAUGCCGUUCUCCCUCGCCAACGAGAUCAUGGGCUACUGGAUCUUCGGGUACUGGUGGUGCGACAUUUACUCCGCCAUGGACGUGUUACUGUGCACCGCGAGCAUCAUGAACCUAUGCCUGAUCAGCCUCGACAGGUUCUGGAGCAUCACCCAGGCGGUCGAUUACCUGAAGAAGAGGACGCCCGCCAGAGCGGCACUCAUGAUAGCCCUGGUCUGGCUGCUGUCCGCCCUCGUCUGCAUACCCCCGUUGCUCGGAUGGAAGAGACCGACCCCCGAAGAAGAGUAUCCCAAGUGCAAGCUUUCAGAGGACAUCGGCUACGUCCUUUAUUCAGCGCUGGGCAGCUUCUACAUCCCGUCGUGCAUCAUGGUGUUCGUGUACAUACGUAUAUACUUCGCGGCGAAGGCACGGGCGCGCCGCGGCAUCCGGAAGCAGCCGCGUCGCCGGCCGCCGAUGCAGCCGGAAUCGCCGGACGUCAGGCAGACCAGCUUCACGCAGACCACGCCGGCCACCGAGACGAAGAAACCCCCGUGUUCCGUCAUGGAGAACGUGGCCACCAUCGAGAACCAGCCGGUUCAGAUACCGAUCGUCACCUGCGACUGCGCCAGCGACGUCAGCACCUCCGAGGCCGAUCCUGGCGGAGGGAACAGCAUACCCAUGGAGGAGAAGGACACCUUGAAGGUGACGCUGCCAGUGCACAUGCAGAAGAGCUCGCUGAAGGCGACGCUGUCUGUGAACGGUGACGGGCAGUCGAGCGUGCCGUCGCGAUGCCGAGCGCCAAGCGUCGGCAUCGACGUCGACAUGGUCUCGGAGUUCGACCCGUCCUCAUCGGACAGCGGCGUGGUGUCCAGGUGCGCGGUGGUCAAGCCAUUGAAGCUGCGGCUCUGCCAGCCGAUCUUCGGCCGCCGUAAUCUGGGGAAAAUGCGACGGGAGCACGGGGACGCCGGCCGUCCGUCGGCGAAGGACGACGCCGGCGUCGAGUCGAAGUCCUCGAAAUCGCGGGACCCAGAGAGAGAGAAGAGGAGACUGGCCCGGAAGAAGGAGAAACGCGCGACGCUGAUCCUCGGCUUCAUCAUGGGCAGCUUCAUCGCCUGCUGGCUGCCGUUCUUCGUCCUCUACAUCGUGAAGCCGCUGUUCCCGGACGUCGACAUACCCAGCCAGGCGUUCGUCAUCGCGUUCUGGCUCGGAUACAUGAACUCUGCCCUGAACCCGUUCAUCUACACCGUCUUCAACAAGGACUUCCGGCGCGCGUUCCGCAGGAUACUGUUCAAAUGAGCCGGCAGGCUCGAACCCCGGCUCGAACACGAGCCGGGGCAUCGUAAACAGAAGGUCGAUCGCCGCGGGUCACCUUCGGGUUCCCACAGAAAUGUCCCGAAACGGGAGAGAGACGCUUAGGCUACUUGCGAACGACGUCGCGCGGUGACAAGAUCGUUCGCGCGGAUACGAUGGAUUCCGCGGUUGUGAGUUUCGCGCGGGAAUUUAAAACGGAGAGACUAAGAAAGAAAAUAUUUGCAGGUUUUUUUUUUGGUGUUGGGCCGGUGUUAGCGACGUAAUCGAUAUUUGGAAAAUCGGUUUUAAUGCCGGUACGCGACGUCCGUAGCGGUGAAAACACCGAAAUAUUUAUCGAUACGCGACGCCCGUACCAGUAAAAAUAACGAAAUAUUUACCGGCACAAUAACGGCACCAGCCCCGGGUUUUGGUUACAAUGUUACAAUAAUCAAUCGUACGCGGUCUUCUUUUAUUUUACCGGCGCAAGUCCUCCGAACAUUCGUGAAAAUAUGUCGGUAUUUUCAUAUAACGGUGCGACGUCAGGUCGGCAUUUCGGUAUUUCAGUUUCUAUAAACGUUAUGAAGCUACAAUCCCGAGAAAUACCGGUGCAAUACCGGUAUCAAUCUCGGCUUUAAACAGUUACAUUUCGAACUGUUGUAUGAGAAUUCUCAUUAGGCCAGUUCAAGAGAGAAACUGUCGAGGAGAAGCGAAAUUUUUGAACAGACGACAUCCAAUUUUGAACAAUUCCUGGCUCGAUUCAUAAACGGAGCUUGAAUUUCGUUCAACUCUACUUACGUUCGCUUUGCAAUCGUCACGUUCAUUCGACCCGUUUAAAGCAGAAAUGGUGUAAAUCAAUGUUUCACUAUAUCGAUUCAAUUAUUAUUAACGCUAAAUCUACCGCGGUCAAAGUGAUCGCUUUCUUAGUUUGCAAUUCUGUAAAGUUCCGAGACUCUUUCAUGGAAAACGCUUGAAUAAGUUAUAUUAUUGGAGCAAGUUUUAUAAUAAAAACUUC